AUGAUAGGUUGCAACCGUGGUUGGGAAUCCAUGCUGGAUGAUUCGUAUUCUUUCUUAGAUAAACCAGUUUUCUUUGAGUUUCUUCAGGAUUUCUUGGAUGUGUUUGUAACAUUAGAAGAAUGUAAACUGUUUGUUUCCUCUUACGGGAAUUCGGGCCAGCGCUAA